AUGGUCUUUGGAAACAAGGACGAAAAAUUCUUACGAUGCACCGUGGGCAAUGGCGGACACCGUACAAUCGCGGCUCGCAAGCUGACAAGGGCCACCGAUCACCGAGCUCGCAACCACAGCUAUAACUUUUCGGGACAACCAUUUCCCGAAACCCGGUUGUGGACCCCACGACCGGCAAUCCCUGCGAGCACGCUAGCCAUCCUCACCUCACCCGUCGUCUGCCGACCACAACCACUCACCCACGAUGGUCUCCCGGAUUCUCUUCUGACAACCAGCUUCGCCGUCCGCUUCUGGCAAAUGGGCAUCGAGAUGCGCCCAUUCUUCACCCUCAAGACCUUCUGGGCCUACCCCGCCUACGCCGCCGGCGGCGGCGCCUUCGGCUACUGGCUCCAGGGCGUCGACGAGAGGCAGGCCGCCACCCUGAACGAGCGCAAGGCCGUGCUCCUCGAGAAGCGCGCCCGCAAGGCCGCCAAGGAUGCCGAGGCUGCGUCUGCUACCGUCGCUGCCGCGUAA